UAUUUCUAGAUUCUACUAAUCAAUUGCUAAAUUAGGCUAAAAGAUUGAUCAUGGAAGCAUAGGACUGGUGCCAAAAACAUUUCAGAGCUCGAAAUAUGCCUAUGCAGUUUUGCCUGUAUAUUUUAUUUUUAAAAUAUUCAUAAAUUCUGGUGUUGUUAUGGGACCAUAACAACCCUUUAGGAGGGACUGCAUCUGCGAAUUAAUUUUUUUUUGGGAGACUCUAAUUUAGUUGUUUAGUUUACUUAUUUACAUAUUUAGUUUAGAUGGCUCUAAUAGCAAACAAAUGGGGGCUUAUAUCAACGACACUUCUGUGCAAUAUCAAAACUGUAAUAUGAAAAAAGUUGUUGUGGAUAACAAGCCUUGUCUUUGUUUAUUUGCAAUUAAAGAUAUAAAGUCUGGCACGGAGCUUAGAUACAACUAUGGUGAUAAAGCAGAUAACUUAUGGUGGAGAACUGAUAAAACAUUACUCCAGCCUUAUAUCCUAUCGGAUGGAACUUGCGUUCCAGCUAUAAGCAAACAACACAGUUUAAAAGUUUCAGAGGUUUUGAAACUUAUGAAAAAUGAAUCCUUACCUGUCGAGAAAUCAAAGGUGGUUCAAAACACCAGCAAAGUCGAAUUCUCAAGCAAAUCACUCAAUCCUCCAUUUAUUAAAAUUGAGGACAAAUCUAGAUUGUAUAGGCCAAUGUACAAAGAAGAAAUUGAAUCUGGUUUUCCCUUAAUCUUUCAUUUAAAAGAAAGUUUCCAAGUCAAUUCAAAUAACGAAACUAUAACUAAAAAUUGCAAAUCUUACUGUGAGUGUUGUGAAGUUAAAUUUGAAGAUUUAAAAUUGCAUUUGAAUGGAAAUCAACACAGACAAUUUGCUUUAAACAGUAAUAACUAUGCAGGUGUUGAUGAUAUUAUAAAAAGUUUUUCUUUUGAAAAAUUUCUUUUGGAAAUUGAAAGUAGUUUAAAACAUAAUGUUACGUUAUCAAGUUUAACUUCUAUUGAAGAGACACAUGUUCAUUCCGAUAAUAAACAUAUAGUUAGUGAAGUUAGUGAAAUUAGUAGUGAUUUUGUUGAUUUUAGUUUAUCAAGUGAUAAAGAAAAACAUAAAGUAAAUGAAUACGAAAAAGUUGAUCCUGAAGUUGUAAAUUGUCUCUCUAUUGCUAAAAAUGAAAAUAUAACCAUAAAAAAGACUAUUCAAAGAGAAAAAAAGAUGUGUCCUGAAUGCAGUGCAAAUGUAUACAACAUCCCAAGACAUUUGCAGGGAAAACCCCAUUAUUGGUCAAAAGAAAAAGCUCUUGCUGCAAUUAGCAUAUAUGGACUUAGGAAAAAAAAAAAUUUAAUAACAGAACGAAAAUCAAAAAGUUAUCAUCGCAAGCGAACUUGUCCAAUAUCUUCUUGUUCAAAAGUUAUUUUGCAUUUAAAUGAACAUCUUUUAAAAGUUCAUAAACUACCCAGAAAUUCACAAUAUUAUACAUUGCUAAAAGAUGCAAAAGUAUAUGUUGAAAGCUCACAAAAUCAAAUUAAUAAUUAUGGCAACAUUGAAAAAAUUUCAACAGCUGCAAAACAAAUAAAUGAAAAAAGAGAACAGGUUCAACUUGUUCACAAUCAUAAUAAAAACUCAAAAAUUUCAGUUUUGGAGUUUAAUUUGGAUGAACAAUUUAAAACUGAUCAACCCCAAACUGAACUUCAAUGUGCACAAUAUGAACAAAACCAAGAAAAUCAUAAUAAUGAAUCAGAUUUAGAACAAUAUUCAGAUUUUUCUGAUUCACUAAAGUCAGAUGAUUCUGAAUAUAUACCUGAUGAAAUUUUAGAACCAAAGUGUGGUCCUUUUGUUGAAGGGCUUUUUGCACAAUUUCAUAAAUUUAUGAUUGGGCCUGAUAGAGGUAGAAAAGAGUUAUCAAUACAAAGUGUUGUUGGAAACGUAAGACGAAUUUUUGAAAUCAUUGGAGUCAACAAUGAUUUAAGAAUUGUUUUUUUAGAUAUUAGUAAAAGUGUAAGAGAUAAAUAUCUUACAACAUAUUGUGUUGAGAAAAGUAUAAAGCCUGGGGCUAUAAAAACAUAUUUAUAUUCAUUAAAAGAUUUUUGUGACUUUCUUUUAGCUGAAAAUAUAUUUUUAGAAGGUAUCACUAACCAACAUAUUAGUGAAGCUUCUAUGAAGUUAGAUCAAUGGAGGAAAAAAUAUAAAGCUCAUGAUAAAGUACAAAAACACAUACGAGCUGAAGAAGACUUUGAAAUGCUUAUUACUUCUGAGCAAGUUAGUUUAUAUGAAAAUAGUCAAUUUGCUAGUAAUGCCAGAAAUAUGAUAAAAUCAACUGAAAAUCUGCCUUUUUCACCAACAGAUUAUUGCUGUGUAAGAGACCAUUUACUAACUAUACUUAUAUUUUCUAAUGCGCCACGGUCAGGUGUCCUUGCUAGAAUGACUGUAACUCAGUUUGAAAAAGCUGUUAUUUCAGAUAAUCGUGCUGUAAUAAGUGUUAAAGACCAUAAAACAUUUUCUACUUAUGGAGCAGCGAAAAUACAGAUCCUAGAAGAACAUUAUAAAUGGGUAAACACUUUUAUAAAAAAGUUUAGAGCUUGUUUACCCAUUCACUGCGAUAACGUUUUUCUUGCUCGGUCGGGGCGCCCACUUUCACCAGGAGAUAUUAGCAAACGCCUUGAUAAUUUGUGGAGGAAAUGCGGGAUUUUUAAUGGGCGCGUUAUUCCCAAACAUUUAUCGGCUAAUAUUGUUAGGAAAUCUGCUUCAACCAAUUUAAGAGAAGCAAACAGUAAAUUUGUGAAAGAAGCCGCAAAAGCAAUGAUGCAUAGUGAUCGCACUGCUGAAGAACAUUAUGCCAUACCCAACAUGGUAAAAUCUGUUAAGUCUGGUCUAGAAGAAAUUCGGCAACAAUUUUACAGAUGCACUACGCCAAAUGACAUUUCAUUAAAAACAGAUGAUGCUGUAAAUAAAGACCCAAGUAUGGAAUCUUAUCCACUUAUUGGUGAUAAUACAGUUCAUCAAAAAUUAGAAAAAAAAGAAACAAAUUAUCAAACCUCAAACAUUAUAUCUACUAUCACUACUCCACACAAAAAAGCUUGGUUGCCAGAUGAAAUUAAAGUAUUGAAAGAGGUUUUCCCAAGCGGAUCACCAUCUGUUAAAGAAAUUAAAAAAGUUCAUUCACAUCUGAAUAUUGAUGCCUCGCCAAUACAAAUCUACAAUAAGUUUAGUAGCAUUCGCAGGUAUUCGCCACACUGCAAGGUUCGUUUUUUUUGUAUUUCAAAUUUCUCUCAAAUCAGCUCUCAAAUAGUUCUUAUUAAUUAAACUUUUAAUAAAAGAUUGAGAAUGCAAUUUAACACUAGAAUUAUAAAAAAGAAAAAAAUAAAGUUGCUUUUACAUGAAAAACCAUAUUAAGUUUUUAAAUUAACUUAUAUAAUCAUAUGGUAAAUCUUUUGCAACUAAAUGGUUUAUUAGCGACUCGGAGCAAUCAAUAAAUAAGUGAUUUGACAGCAAAAUUAUCGAUCAAAUGAUUAUAUGUUCUAAAGGAUAACUUUAUGUUUGGCUUACAAUUUGACUGGAAUAAAAAAUUUAAAAGCAAAAUAUACAGGUGAAAAUGUUGUGCAAGUUUAUGAAUUUAAGAGGUGAACCAGUUGCUGCUUUAUGUAAUUUAAUAAAAGCUUUUGGCCCUUGACUGGUACUUUUGAGUGUUUGAAAUCUACUAUGAAGAUAUUUUAAGUUUUACUCAGAAAUAUAUUUAAAAAAAAUAUAUUUCUGAGUAAAACUUAAAAUAUCUUGUUUAUUGACAAGAAUUGUAUGUAACUUUUCUCAUCAAAAGUAAUAUUAUAAAUAUGGUUAUAUUGCCUAUAUCUUUUAUUUUAAUAAGUUUUUCAUAAGUUUGAGCACUCCAUUUGAAUCUAUUUUUCUUGAAGAAUGCACUUUAGGGUGGUCCAU